GCAAUUGGCAACAGAAACUCCACACUCCUUUACAUUUCACUCCUUCGACUGAAAACAACUGAGCGAGCUAGACGAAACAAAAAUGGGGUUAGGGCUGUUGGCUUCAAGGGCAAUGAGACCCCUCAAAUCUUCCAAUUUCAGAAUGUGUGCGCGCUAUAUUGUCACUAAACCUGAACUCCAGUCACCGGAAUCUGCGGCGGCCGAAGCACCUGCCCAACCCGAUCUCCCGCCGCGAACCCCCGUUGGCGGGGCUCGGAUUCACUUCCCCAAUCCUGAAGAUGCGAUCGAGGUGUUCGUUGAUGGGUUUCCGGUCAAAAUCCCCAAGGGCUUCACUGUUUUACAAGCUUGUGAAGUCGCCGGCGUCGAUAUUCCCAGAUUUUGUUACCACAGUAGACUAUCGAUUGCUGGAAAUUGCCGCAUGUGUCUCGUUGAGGUCGAGAAAUCGCCCAAGCCUGUUGCUUCUUGCGCCAUGCCUGCUCUUCCCGGGAUGAAAAUUAAGACGGACACACCCGUCGCUAAGAAGGCACGGGAAGGGGUGAUGGAAUUUUUGUUGAUGAAUCAUCCUUUGGAUUGUCCAAUUUGUGACCAGGGUGGAGAAUGUGAUCUCCAAGAUCAGUCUAUGGCCUUUGGAUCUGAUCGCGGCCGGUUCACUGAAAUGAAAAGGUCUGUAGUUGAUAAGAAUCUGGGACCCUUGGUGAAGACUGUCAUGACUCGGUGUAUCCAGUGUACAAGGUCAGAAUCUAUUGAAAUCAUUUGUCUUUCAAAUGUUUAUUGCAGAAGUUGUUGUAUAUUAUAA